UCAAUCGCUGACCGCCUUCAAAAGACCGCCACGUGAUCAGCUUCUCGAGGGCAUCGACCGCGCAUCUCCCGAUGGUCGGAGCUGUAGCGGCGCCGCCGCUUCGCGGGCGGAUCCUUACCGCGCUCCUCCCGUGUCUACGGCUAGGGCUUCGCCCGCUCUCGUCGUUCUCUUGGGCCGAUCCCGACCCCGCCUCCACUGGGUCCGCAUCCACGCCUCCCUCUUCCUCCUCCUCCUCUUCAUCGUCACGGCGUCAGCAGGGGAAGCUCCCUCACCGUCUGUCGUCGGUCGUUGACGCCAUAAAUGAACGGAAACUCCAGCCUGAGCUACGCGGCCGAGGCAACGCCAUCAGGUCAGAGACUGAUAUAGUCAAUGUUGUGGAACAAAGGAUAUGGCAUUCCAUGGAAGAAGGGCAUUUUGAGAACCUACCUGGAAAGGGCCGACCUCUUAACCUCAACCCAAACCCGCAUGUGGAUCCUGCAGAAGACACCUUAUACAGAAUCCUAUCAAGAAAUGGUUGUGCACCUGAGUGGGUGGAACUGAACAAGGAAAUUCGCAGAAAAAUUACAGAGUGGAGGCUGGCCUUGAAGAAAGCUUGGGCUAACAAAUCAGAUCCUGAAGACUCGAAGUGGCAGGAUGAUUCAGAGAUUCUCAAGGCUCAGAUGCAUGAUAUCAAUGACAAGGUUCUUAGGUACAAUCUCAUUGUGCCCUUUGGCCGUCAAAUGUUUGGGCUCAAGUGGGAGAAAGAAAUAGCUAAGUUGGAAUAACCAUAUAUAUAGAGUCAUUCUGUUGUUUAUGGUAGUAAUGUUAUCCUCCAUUCUCUAGUAGAUAUAUCACUAUUACAGAUAUGCAGGAAUUCAUCAUGGAUUGUUUAAGAAUGUUAGUUGCUUUCGCAUGACGCAGCUGGAAAACAAGGGGUGUGGAUGUGAUCAGGAAAGGAAAAAUCUCUAUAGAUCAAAACAUGUGAAGCUAGUAUUCCAAAAACAUGCAUCUAUUUUGUAUCUUUCAUUGUCUCAAAGUGAAUAUGACCGUCAAGAUCUUAUGAACUCGGAAGUUUUUGUUA